CACCUCGCUCUUCUCCGUCUCUCUGCGUGGUUCUGGAGAGGUCGCUGCAGAACUGAGUGGAACAAGGGGGGAUUCACUGUGAGCAGGAGGAGCAAAGGAGACAUGGAUGCCUUGGCGUUAGAGGCCAGUGGGAAAAAGACGAAUAACGCCGCAGUGGCAGCAGCUGUUGUGCCAACAGGUCAAGCCCCUGCAAAACGUAAACCUGCUAAAAAAACUAAAAAGGCUGUUGUUUUUUUUGAGGUGGAGAUACUGGACGCCAAGACCAAGGACAAGCUCUGCUUCCUGGACAAGGUUGAGCCAAAUGCCACCAUUGGGGAGAUCAAGUCUAUGUUCCACAAGAGCCACCCUCAGUGGUACCCAGCCAGACAGUCUAUUCGCCUCGACCCCAAGGGGAAGUCUCUGAAGGAUGAGGACGUUCUGCAGCAUCUUCCUGUGGGAACCACGGCAACCUUCUACUUCAGAGAUCUGGGAGCUCAGAUCAGCUGGGUCACAGUUUUUCUGACAGAAUACACUGGCCCUCUGGUCAUCUAUCUGCUGUUCUACUUCAGAGUUCCUUUCAUCUACGCUCCUAAAUAUGACUUCACCACCAGUAAACACUGGGUUGUACAUCUGGCCUGUAUGUGUCACUCCUUCCAUUACGUUAAGAGACUCCUGGAGACCCUGUUUGUCCAUCGCUUCUCUCAUGGGACGAUGCCGUUACGGAACAUCUUCAAGAAUUGCACCUACUACUGGGGCUUUGCAGCAUGGAUGGCUUAUUACAUCAACCAUCCACUAUAUACACCACCCAUUUAUGGAGAACAGCAGAUCAGGCUGGCGCUCAUCAUAUUCCUGUUCUGCCAAAUCGGGAACUUCUCCAUCCAUAUCGCCCUGCGGAACCUCCGCCCUCCAGGCUCCAAAACCAGGAAGAUUCCCUAUCCAACCAAGAACCCCUUCACCUGGAUCUUCCUUCUAGUCUCCUGUCCCAACUAUACCUAUGAGCUGGGCUCCUGGCUCGGCUUCACCCUGAUGACCCAGUGUCUGCCGGUGGCCUUCUUCACCAUGGUGGGUUUCAUCCAGAUGACGGUCUGGGCCAAAGGGAAGCACCGCAGCUAUCUGAAGGAGUUUAGAGACUACCCACCUCUCCGCUCGCCCAUCCUGCCCUUCAUCUUGUAGAUCCAGUUCCAGCUGAUCUUUUCUCUAAACCCACUGCUGGAUUUAGACUG